GAAGUGUCUUCAUCAACGACUCACAUCUUGGUGAAAGAUCAUGGUAUUUCUUUCAGCACUAUCUCUGUUGUCGUUAAUGUUCCUCAAAGUUAGCACUCAGCAAUGCGGCAUAGACAGUUACUCAGUCUAUCAAAGGAUGCUCAAGGGCCAUACGUUUAAGACAGUAAAGGCCAGACCACUGUCACCCGACUGUAAAGAGGCCUGCACAACUGACUACAGGUGUCAAAGCUACAACUACGAUUGGUCUCAGAGCAUAUGCGAAUUGAAUAACCGAACCAGGGAGGCAAGACCUAAUGACUUUGUUAGAAAUGAAAACAGAUAUUACGUGCGAGAACCACAUAAAGUUUCUCUCGGUUCCAUUCCUGAGUUACCAGCUGACUCAUGUGCAGAGAUUAAAGCGGACGAAGGAGGUCACGCAGUCAGUGGUAGCUACUGGCUGGAUCUCACAAAAUCUGGAAACUCUACUUUGGUACUCUGUGACAUGACAACUGGAGUUGCUGACUUCUGCAGCGAUAAUCGGUGUGUUAACAGUGCAACCUGUGUCAACCGUAAAAUGAACUACACAUGCUCGUGUAAAACGGGGUGGACUGGUAGCUACUGUGAACGAGAUGUGGACGAGUGUACUGAGAUACCUGGUGCCUGUCCGGUUCAGUCGGCGUGUGAGAACUCAUUGGGUUCUUACCAUUGCAUCUGUCAGUCUGGUUGGAGGAAUGUAGGCCCCCAUAAUUGCUCGGAAAUUGAAGAGUGUCUUGAGGAAUUCAAUCACAGCUGCCCACCAAAGUCCGACUGUAUCAUCAAGGGUGCAAACAAUUCUUACGAAUGCCUGUGUCACUUCUGCCACUACAUGUCUAAUGAUACAAGAACAUGCCUUCGUAAGUAUGGAAAUGAAGUCCAACUCAGGACCUAAAAAUCACCGCAAUUGCUAAAAUAAAAUGGCUUGUUUUACAGGAUUCG